GCUAAGCUGCGCACCAGGAAGCUCAGCCUCCUUCUCCGGGGAAGUCAUUGCACAAAGGAGGCCGAGACGCUUUACUGGAGGAGGGUGUCCGACACAGAGCUGUAGUUUCUCUUCCAAGAAGGCGAGGAAUGCAAGCUGAGCAUCAAUGUUUCACUGGGGCAAGUGGAAGAAGAGGAUGGGAGCCAACAGUUCUUCAAAGAGACCCGUUUUUGACGAAAAGGAAGAUGUAAACUUUGACCACUUCCAGAUUCUGCGGGCCAUCGGGAAGGGGAGCUUUGGAAAGGUAUGCAUUGUACAAAAGAGGGACACCGAGAAGAUGUACGCCAUGAAGUACAUGAACAAACAGCAGUGCAUAGAGAGAGAUGAGGUCCGAAACGUCUUUAGAGAGCUUGAGAUCCUACAGGAAAUUGAACAUGUUUUUUUAGUAAAUCUCUGGUACUCGUUCCAGGACGAGGAGGAUAUGUUCAUGGUUGUGGACCUCCUGCUGGGAGGAGACCUCCGCUACCACCUGCAGCAGAACGUCCAGUUCAGCGAGGACGCAGUUAGACUCUACCUCUGUGAGAUGACGCUGGCGCUGGACUACCUGCAGAGCCAGCACAUCAUCCAUAGAGAUGUCAAGCCAGACAAUAUCCUAUUGGAUGAACAAGGUCACGCUCACCUGACGGACUUCAACAUAGCAACAAUAAUAAAAGACGGAGAGCGAGCCACGGCCUUAGCUGGAACCAAGCCCUACAUGGCCCCAGAGAUCUUCCAGUCUUUUGUGAGUGGAGGGACGGGCUACGCCAUUGAAGUAGACUGGUGGUCACUAGGGGUGACGGUCUUCGAAGUGCUGCGCGGAUGGAGGCCGUAUGACAUCCACGCCAGUAACUCGGUGGAAUCGCUGAUUCAGCUCUUCAGUACCGUCAGUGUCCAGUACAGCCCAACCUGGCCCAAGGAUCUGGUUUCACUAUUGAGGAAGCUACUGACAGUGAACCCAGAGCAUCGUUUCUCCAGCCUGUCUGACAUGCAGACCGCUCCCUACCUCUCUGACGUCAACUGGGACGCUGUGUAUGAGAAGAAAAUGGAGGCUGGAUUUGUUCCCAAUAAAGGUCGCCUGCACUGCGACCCCACCUUCGAGCUGGAGGAGAUGAUCCUGGAGUCACGUCCUCUUCACAAGAAGAAAAAGAGGCUGGCAAAGAACCGAUCACGAGACAACAGCAAGGAUUCACAGUCUGAGAACGACUAUCUACAGGAGUGCCUUGAAGUGGUGCAGCAAGAGUUCAUGAUCUUCAACCGAGAGAAGUUGAAAAAGCGUCAGGAGGAGGGUCAGUCAGAGGCCGGGAAUUAUGAUGCUAGCGGCGACGGGGACGGAGAGGCAGAAAGCGGAGCCGCCGAUGAGGACGCGAACGAGCCAGAACCAGGACCGGAAGCUGAUCCCGAGCACGCUCCCGAGUCUGCCUCCAAACUGAGCAUGUGCGGCUCAGUGUGUUCCUCCCCCGGCAGCUGCUAGCGCCACAUCGCCUCACAGUGACGAUGGCAGCUCUCUCUGGCGGCUGCGGUGUUUGUGCCAUGCCAACAGAUACCUUCUCACCUCUCUCUCAUGUCGUAGCCUACAGCGGAGAAAAAUGACAGCGGGGCAACUUGGCGCACAGCAGCAGCUCCCAUAACGGUUCCCCUCAUUUACACCCCCCGCCCCCCAUAGCAUCUUUUUGGUAAGGCAUGAAUGAAGCGGAAUCCCAGAGAGUCCCUGCCUAUUGUACCUACCGCCCUAGAGUAAGCUCCAACUUCUAUGCAAUGUUACAGUAUAGCAUGACAAAAUAAUAAGGUAUCACUUACUAGGAGGUGUCGUUCCAUAAGCAGAGAGCCACACGAGCAUGAUGACAUCCCGAGCAAUAGCAGUCUACGGCUUUUUGAAUAAGGUUAGUGGUUUUGGUGGAGGUGCCUCCCUUUAUUAUCCCUGUUCCAGAUCCGAUGGGGGACGACUGAAUUAUUCAUCACACGAAGGCACUCGGUUUAUUUUAUUGCCUGUGUCUUCAGUUCACUCUUCCCCCCCUUUCAUGUGAUGUGUGCCCUAAUUUGGAACAUUUUUUUCCUCCUGGAGCGCCUUCCUCUUGUUGCAACACCUUCCUGUGAUACAUUUCCAGUAAGUGUUGAUGGCUGUCUGCAGUCAGCAAAGACAGUGUGACUGGUUUCAUGUUGUAAACCUGUUUAAAGUUGUGCCUGUCAAUGAUGAUCGGUAUUUGUUAAUCACACCGUAGCCAUGGAUGCGUUAUAGGGCAGAUUUUCCUCUUUUAAGUCUUAACCAGCUAGCUGUUUUUUCUUUUUUCCCCUUCAGGCCUUUUUAGGAGGAGAAGGUACUGAAGUUAAAAUCAGUCCAGCAAUCAGAAUGAAAAGUUGUGCUUGUCACUGUGUCCAAAAUGCUUACGAAGAUUUAGUAUUUUAGCCCUGCACCAAGCUCUGACCCAAAGAGGGUUCUGAAACUCAGCUCACUGCCAACAAUGGCAUCCUUUACACAUCUAUAAGAAAGCUCUGUUUGCUUUACUAGACUUCAUCAUCUUGUUAAGUGCUUAGUUUAGGAUAAAGAUCAUCUCCCUGUAGAGGUUGGUUUGGGGUAGCUGUGCCCUGUCGGUACAUCAACCUGCACAGAUGAGCUACUCUUUGAUUGUCGUAGUGAGAGUGGUACAUUUUAGGGUGGCGCCGUUAAUCUCAGUCUGAGAAUAUGUAGCAAAAGACCACCUUAAAAACCUGAAGGCCUAACAAAUUGAAAAACCGUGUAAAUAGCAUACAGUGUAGGUAAUUAAACUGACCACAGUUUUAUGUGGGACUGCUAACUCGACGUGUAAACUUAAGGAAGAGCUGUGUGAAGCUUCACACCACUUCAUCCCGCUCUUCUUUCCAAGUGUGCAGGCACAACUUGUAGGCAAUAUAUGCCAAAGCUUUUCUACCAUUUGCAACCAUUUCUAAGGAACUUUGAGUGUGUGAAUGUAUGUCUCUUUAUCCCUCUGAUAACAUAAAGUCAGUUAUUUCUGCAAGUGAAGACAUCGUAAUUUAUACAAUCAUAACGUGAUGAUGUGCAAACUGUCUAUUUCAGGUAAUGCAUCUUGGGAAAUACACCUGUUUGCUGUCUUGAUGCAGCAUUUCCACCAGUAAAGCUGUUUACCCCGGCAGCUUUGACUGACCUUUGGGGGUUGGAGCCACAAUUUAAUGUUGCACUCAGUUAAUUUUGUGCCAUUGCCUGCUGUAAUGUUAAUUGUGAGGUGCAGACAGAACAGUGUUGGCCUAAGUGCAUCUCUGCACUCCCACUCUGCUCGGUCAACGAAUGGUCUAGCCUCCACAGUGUAAUUAGAGGACAUGAGUGAAAUAUCACAUGAACAGGUAAAACAGUAUUAGCUACAAUAUUUGCUUUAUUUACUUUUGCCUAAACAGCCAACAGAAACAGUUAAUGCCCAGCUAUUAACCAACUUGAUGACUGAAGCUUUUGUAUUUUAAAAAAAAUUUGUUCUUGUGGCCAACAGGGGGAUUAAUUUAGGCCCAGUGGCUUUCCGGGGAAGAUCGAUACUCAUGUCUUUGUUUUAAAUAAAGAGCUAGAGUCAGGUAGUGAUUAGCCUAGCUUAACAUAAAGAGUAGCCACAGGGCAAAACACCUUACCAAAACCUGUAAAAGCUUAGAAGUUAACAUUUGUCUUGUGUGAUUAAUUCUUAUAUAAAUAUUAAUGUAGUGUUAAUGUGCUCUGCUGGUUAAACAGCUAGAUGUAGUGAAUGAGUGGUCCUUAAAGGAUGGAUAAAACGUUCAACAUGUAGCUACACCACUAACUGGGCUGCUGAACCACCAAUGGUUUGAUUUUGGGCUGAUGGUCAUGUGACAGGCAAGAGUUGGGAUUUUGCUGGCAGGGCAGCUCUAGCUUUGUAACGUCUUUCUGUUUUUAAAGCUACAAAUAAGAACUUGAUAAAUUCUGUGUUAAUGUUCUUUCAGUGUUAUAAUGUGAGAGUUGCCUAGUAACAGAUUGUUCUAACAUAAUUAUGAAAAAAAGCCAAACUCUGAUACAUUUUAUUCAAGUAAUGUCACUUGAUAGUAAAGUGUUACCAGUUGACAUGUUUCAAAUGGAAACUUGAAUAUCAAUCUAACAUGAAAUAUAAAGCACACAGAGCUCCGUAUAGUCUACUGUAAUAAUACAUAGCUUAUUAAUUCAGGUGUGGGCUUCUUCACUAUUAGUCUCAUAUGACAGAUCGAUGUGUUAGCCUAGCUCACAAUGAAUAUUUUUUCUAAGAGCUGAGUCGUUUUACUCACAUGCAGUUUCGCACAUGCAGGGUUGAAAAAUAUUUACAGUGUUCACAGUAACUCUGAUAUGAUGUGAACAUAGCAUUAACCUCUAUCAAAAGAGACAAAAGACAGUAUCAUAUUUGGCUUAUGACAUGUUAGCUCUUAGCUAGCUUGCUAACAUUCGACGCUAGGAUACGGAGACUUGUGAUUACAGCUUCUUCACACCAGCCUUUUUAAUAUGAAAUACCAGGUAAACAUGUUCUACAAAUGACAUUAAUGAACGUUCUGUUAUUUUAACUUUGAAAAGCUUUAAUUAAUGUGAUAAGUUGACCUAUGUUUAUUUAGCAUUUUAUGUCAAAAUCGCUGCUGUGUAGUCACCAUAGCUAAUUUUAAGCUAACCUAAUAGCUGAUACUUUCAAAACGCAGGCUGACUGCUUGAUAAAGUUUUUUUUUUUUCUUAAUAAAAUGGAUCUAUUAUUAAGCGCUUGUUGAAUUUUUAAACCUCCAAUAAAACUCAGACAAGUAGGAAGUUGAUAAAAUGACGUAACUUCCACUGUUAAGCUAGGCUAACAGUUCCCCAGCUCUAGCUGUACAGUUGACGCUCAAACGUGACAGAUGCUUUCACCUUGUUCCCAAAGGGAAAGCAAAUAGGUGUGUUUCCCAAAAGUAAGCUGUUUCUUUAAAACACUACAUUAUGAUUAGAUUAAGAAGCUUUCUUAAAGAGACAUGAAAUGUUAUCUUCCAAGUCUGCCAAAACGUGUGAGAAAUUGAAUAGUCUUGAGCCUUGUGCUUUUAUUUUUGCAUGUACCUUUACAGUAUAAGCCUGUUUUUUGCCAAAGCCUGGAGCUUGAGCCCUACCGGCUGAUUUGUGCAUGCACAAGCUUUUGGUAAUAGCAUACCUCGACGCUCACCUGAUUAUCGACACAGUCCAAAAUCAGAGUAUAACCGGCCUGCGUGACUGUUUACUUUAAGCUGUACAAAUUGUAUAAUCCCAGUGUUACAUGGACGGCAUGAUAUUUUAGAUGAUAUGCAGUACCUUUUUGACAUCCUGUAGGUUGUCUUAAUGCUUUGUUCCAAGUAUACAGGCUCGUACCCUCAUGGUGAGUGGAAUGAGGUCAGCAGCUGUGUGUCUGUUGUGGAUUAAGUGUUGCAUUGUUGUCUCUGCAGCAGAAGAUGAAGAUUUGAAACUGGGGCAUGUUUUCACUUCACCUCAAUACAGAAAUUGCUGCAUUAAAAAAGAAAAA